UACCUCCUUGCUCCAAGUCUAGGUUCAGCAUAUUUUACAACACUCACCUCCUGUCCACCCAGCCCGUUGAGUAAUUAGACAUAUCCGCCAUGAGCCGCAAGAGUAGGCGCCUCCAGGCAAUGAAGUCCUAGGAUUGUUAUGGGCUGGACGAGUCCGAGAACAUAGAAUCGGAGGACAAAGAAGUGACAGAGGAUAGGUCUGAGGCUAAGGCUGUAAAGAAGAGUAGGUCAACGGGGAAGGCUCCAAUCGCGGGAGACGGCCCGUCAGCUCCGUUCGCCGUCACCACACGCGCAGAAUGUCUGGAGAAGGUGGGCGAGGUGGCCGACAUCAUCAUCGACUUCACCAAAGGCUAGAAGCCCCUUUUGCCCACGAAACGUGGACGACAAACCGUUCUUAAAUUGCAACACUUCCCCACGAAACUGCUCUUUAACCAGCACUGCCAGCAAGCGUCCGUCACUGUUCUGGAUGCAAUGCACAUGCAGGAUGAGUGCGAAAUCAGCAUCACCAUUAUCGACUUCCACCUCGUAGCAUCAAGAAGCCAACGCUCGAGUGGGGAAGGACCUGGCUCGCGCUGGACAGCGCUGCAUACACGUCAUGCUGUCUGCGCCGCACCCUGGUCAGCUCCACGGACAACGCCAGGGUACUUGAUUUUGACUACUUGCUCGUCCUUGUGGUAACACAGUAAGUGAUGAAUUUGGGGCAGCAAAACCUAAUAUACCCCUCGAGUUAGACCCCCAUGGUAUUAGGGACACUGAGCCGUGGUAUUCUGAAGUUUAGUAUCCUUAGGUCCCUUUGAAUGCAAGCCUCCGCAUGUCCGCCACUUCAGUCUGGUAGUUGUGAAGGACCGGGGCCUGCUCAAACUCCCAGAUCCACCAAACGACCUGGCCAAGAAGUCAGUGGCUGUGCUGUACGACUCUUCAGGCAAUCACCGGGCAAUGGCCGACGACAUCUUUGACAAAAUCAUGCAGUAAGUUGGAUGACAAGAUCGCCCAGACUUCGACACCGAAUGGGUUAAAGCCCGCGCGCCUUUCGUCAUCAUGCAGCCACGCUCAUAUCCCAUGCGCAGGUUGCUAGGACUUGCCGUCCAGGCAUCAGGGUCAACCCUUAGCAAGGAGGCCCACCCUCGGCGCCCUGCUCCGGGAUGCUGUGGGUGAGAUCGACAACAACCAGUCCCGCAUCAAGCAGAUGGAGAACCUGGUCGUCAGUCACGACCUGAAGUUCGAUGAGGUCAUGGAGGGGUACUCGCGCAUGCAGCACGAGCUCAUCAACCUCCAGCGCUUGGUGCGGGAGCUGGCAGCUAGCGGAGGGCGUGCGCCUGUGGAAGAAGGGGGGGCCAUCAGAGACAUGUGCCCGGGGGGCCUUGGAGCUAGUUCUUCAGGCGCGCAGCCAUCAUGCCCACUCGACGCCGCCAAGGGCGGCGCUUUGCAGAAGGCUAUGGAUGCGCUCGAGGGUCUCACUGUGGCAGGCGACAGCCCCCAUGGCACACCCACCAUCAGACCCACCGCCCCACCAAUGCCUGUAGGGCGUGCUGCACUCUAUCCCCGGCCAGCGGUCUUGGAGGCAGCGUCAAUCUCUGUAGCAGCCCAUCCCCCUUCCCCCCCACCGCCACCUCCAUCCCUCACAAUGGGGUCACAGCAAACAGCCUUGCCCAGUGCAGCAGCCGAAUGCUCAUGAUUCAGUAGGAAGAUCCCUUGCGGUUCUGGUGGUAGCCCGUCUUAGCGUGAAUUCCACAGGAGCAAGCCUUGCACGAGCCAGGAACACACUGACCAUUUUCGACAUCCUCCUCCGCCCUGUUCGCAUUGAUUUCGUCCUCCGGGUCUUCGGAUACUAGCUCCCCAUCGACUGCAUGCAGCUGUUCCGCAAAAUCCCCUAUGUCCAGCCAAGGUAUCGAGAGGAUUCUUUCCCAAACCUCUGACUCCUGCGUUCCCAUAUCCUCUGGCCUCUCACCAAUGUUCUCCUCAUCCCAGGCGCCCGAUGCAGCUGCCAUGCCAACUCCUGUGUCUAUGUCUUCGGCCCUAUGCCCUUCAUUUGUCCGUGCCAGGAUGGCUGUCCAAUCGAAUGGGAGGGUACCAGUUCCCCACGAAGAAGGCGUUGAGACAAGCAUAGUCGUUCCCCUUUGUGAACGUGGAGGCACUGGGCCCCCCCCUGUACCCAUAGUGCCCAUGCCCAGAUCCAAAAAUAGAUUGCCUGCUCCACGUCCGCCUGGGUGCCUGGCACCACCCAACGUCGAAUCCGCAUACCCGCCACCGCUCAGAAACAUGUUCCUGCAUGGUGGUAAACCAAUUUCUAUGUCUCCCAACCAUCCCGCCCCCGGCUGUCUGGCCCCCACGCUUGUGCCAGCAACCCCCAUCCCCUGCCCUGCAGCACACCCCUCUGUGCCCUGCAACGUCUGGAAGGGUGAUCCAUGCCUGCCCGCGUGUGGUACCCCCCCCAUCCCUGCGCUGGUGCCGCCGCCGCUCACCCCACCCUCGCAUUGAGCAUUCACCCCGGGGCUACCACUUGGACUGUUAGAGCUCUGCCAGCGUCCAAAUGGGGAUCCACACUCGACGACCGAUAAUGCCCCCCCACCUCCCAUGCUUGUGCCAGCUACUCCCGCCCCCCGCCCAGCAGCACACCCACCGGCGCUCCGGCUUUUCUGGAAGGGUGAUCCACGCCCGCCCACGUGUGGUGCUCCCCCUAUCCCUGCGCUGGUGCCGCUGCCACCCACCCCAUCCACGCAUUGAGCAUUCCACCUAGGGCUGCCAGCAUCCAAACGGGGAUCCACGCUCGAUGACCGAUGGUCCCCACCAACUCCCACGCUUGUGCCAGCAAC